UAUUGAAAAACGCCUCUGGCAUCUGGCGUUAUCAACUUAUUCAGUUUAUCUAAAAUUAAUAUAAGUAAUGGAACUGGUCCGAAAAGAGUGAAAGCUUGAUAAAAAGUUCUGAGGUGGGGAAACAUUUCAAGUCUGUGGAUUUUGAUAACAUGUUAGUGUUUUUGCCGAGAAGGAAAUACCGUUUUUGUUUUCUACAAUGAAUUGAGAUUUUAAUUGGAUAACAGUCAUUAUGGCAAACGAAACUGUCCUUGAACUCUUACGACGCAUGCGCAACGAUAGUGUAGAAGUUGCGACGGCGGACCCAUCACUAUUGAAAGCUGCUGCUAAUGUUGAUAAAAUUAUUUCGCCUAUUCUAUACAUCUUUGGGUUUCCGGGCAAUUUGAUUGCAAUAAUAAUAUGGCUCCAACCGCGCAUGCGCCAUUCUUCCGGAACUUACCUCGCAGCUCUUGGAUUUGUGGACUUAUUGUUUAUGGUGAUUCAUGUGAUGUUUGAAAUAUAUAAAGUAUGGGGCGUUCAGAUGUUUGAUGCUCCUGGUAUAUGCGAACUGCUUCCGGUUGUUUAUAUGGCAACCCAGUAUUUGUCACCGUUGCUGGUUCUUGGGUUUACAGUUGAACGGUUUAUCGGAGUACAGUUUCCUUCUAAAAGACAAAUAUACUGCACGAUAAAUCGUGCAAGGAUUGCAAGUUUUGCUCUGGCGCUGUUUGCACUUGCAAUCGGGUCAAUGCAGGGGUACAUUUACAAAUACAAUUCUAAAUUAGAUUUCUGUGGUCUAAGAGAGGCUGCAGUACGCGGUGGACAUGCAUCCUUGUGGUCAAUAUGGACUUGGAUUACAGAAAUGCUGGUGUUUAUGUGCGUACCAAUGCUGAUCCUAAUGUUCAAUGUCAUGAUAAUCCGGCGGAUCAGAAACUUGGCGGAGAUUGAAAAAAGCUACAGUAGCAAAGCGCUGACAACUACAUUUUCUCUUUUGGUCGUUUCGUUUUAUUUUAUCAUUACAACAUUUCCGGUGUCAAUAAUUUACGCAAUCAGAUAUUAUUACGUGCCGUCUGAGGAUACAGUCGCUGGUGACCCUCAGAAACAAGCGCAAUAUAUGCUGGCGAAGACAAUCAUAGAGGAAAUAGGUACCACACAUCAUGCUUGCAAAUUCUACAUAUUCUUGAUUACGGAACAGGCUUUUCGUGCAGAAUUUCUACGUGUAGUUGCAAAGGUUCUUCCCAUUUCGCGAGAUAAAAUUGGAUAUGAACAACAAACUGAAGUGACUGCAAAUACAGAAUGGCACGAAGCUGAAAUGGGGGAGGUUGGCGUUCGGGACGAGACUGAUAUGUAACACAGACUUUUCUAAAAAAAUGUUUAUAUUUUUAUGAUUUGAGUUUGUAUUGUCAUUUAUUGUAAAUCAUUGAAAUAAUUUUGACAAAAUCAGGUUAUUAUGGAAAUGAAUAUAUCUAUUUUAACAAUCGUUGGAUUGAAUGAAAUACAUUAUUGGGGUUUAAAAUAUAUAUCUGUGUUAUUUGAAUUUUUGUAAAUUUUACUUUUUAUAUCUAGUUAUUAUCAUGGACGAUCUAUUUGUUUACUUGACGUCUGCCUCAAACAUUACAUUUAAGAAACAGGCGGCGUUAUGCUAGGAAGUUAUGCAAAGUAUGAGUAAGAAUGUGUGGGGUAAAGGCCUAUAAUCUCUUCUUGCUACCUACCCACAAAAACCAAUGCAACCCAAAACCCACAACAUUUAAUUGCCAAGCGAAAACAAGUAUUUUAUUUUGAACUAAACAUAACAAUAUAGUGUCUGUCAAAAAUAUUUCAUCUUUAUAUUCAAUUCAUCCAAUGAUUAUGUAAUUGUAAAUAGGAUUUUUCUCAAUAAAACUUAGGCUUUAAACUUUUAGCAGAUGCACAGCAAUCGUAAUUUCUUUUCUUUUGAGUUCCAUAAUAUUCAGUUACAAUUGAUAUAUUAAAUCUAAAAAAUAUAUUUGACCUACCUACAUACUCGAAUUGUGCAAAUUUCGCAUUGAUCGCGGGAGAGGAAACAAAGUUAAUUCAAUGCUGGCCUUAAGCGCAUAACUUAAUUAGUUUAGGGAACAGUGGUGUAACCUGACAAGUCAUCGUUAGGUUCCUCUAAAUAAUAAUAAAACAGUGUAUGAAUUUUAGCGGAAAA